GAUAGAUUAGUUACCGGUAGGUGUGAUGUGAUCAACUACGACCACCACCACCACCACCAUCACCGAGAGACAAGGCCGCCGCGCGAAUUUCAUAGCAGGGCCACCAUUUUGUGUUUAGAAGCGUUUCAGUAUGUACAGAUUCGCAUCAGCGUCGGAAAUGGCUUUGAACGAUUCAUUGGGACAAUUUCCAACCCACUCGGCACAAGAAGGCACGCCGGGCACCUGCCAUCAUCAUCAAGCUCUGCGGCCAGGCAAUGGCAUCUCUCCAGUGGGCCGACGGGUUACGCCGCCUGCUGGCUGGGCCGACGGGUUACGCCGCCUGCUGGCACCUCAACCAGCUCUGCCUCCGUCCGGUAGACCACGACGCCCCAGGGAAGCUGCCAGUGCCUAUCGCCGACUGCCUUGUGGUGGAACCUCUGCUUCCACCUCCACUGCAGCUGCUCUCCCCGCCGCCAGCUGCCCGUGCUGCGUCGCUGCCUCCCGCCCCUGCUGGCCACGAACCCCUGGAUGUCGACCAGGAUGCCCCUACUCCUAUGGAUGUUUGUGGUGCUGUGCAUUUUUUUUCCCAGGGGGAGAAAUGUCGUAGCGGCCCCUUAUUGUUAGAGGACCCACUGAACCGACGCGCAAGAUGGAUUGCUAACUCCGUUUCAGCAGCACAGAGAGAAACAUCGCCAGCAGACAGAAACAAUAACAGACUUUUCAAAUAAACACGGAACUACUUCACCAGACCACAUGUAACUGUGUUCUACCAAUAGAGGAACUUAUAUGUCUGAUGUAGCUCUCUGCCGACCUGGCUUUAUAAGCACGCCUAGACUGUCAGACCGGUAGUGUUUACCAACCGCUAGGAACAGCUCCGGCCAGUACUUACGCCAGCCCUAGCAUUGUAUUCACUCGCCAUAGCAUUGUAGUAGCAUGUUGUAUUUUGUACUGUGUAGAGUAAAUUUUGGUCAGUAUUUUUCUUGCAUUGUCUUGUUUCCUUAUUUGGUUUGUUACCACAAGGUUUGUGGAUUUUCUUGUUGUUCUUGCGUUUAAAACUUAGUGUAUGCCAAGAAUGCUUUUUUUCUUUAAUUAUAAUAAACUGUGUUCAAAUUGA